AUAACCUCUCAGGACGCUCUCUCACCCCAUUCCUCACAUUGACUAUCGUCUCGUUCUCUCUCUCACCGGAAGUAGAAAGCUAACGAUGUCUGCAACACAGGAAGAAGACAAGAAGCCCGGUGGUGACGGAGGAGUUCACAUCAAUCUCAAGGUCAAGGGUCAGGAUGGGAAUGAGGUUUUCUUCAGGAUCAAGAGAAGCACUCAGCUGAAGAAGCUGAUGAAUGCUUACUGUGACAGGCAAUCUGUGGACAUGAACGCCAUUGCCUUCUUGUUUGAUGGGCGUCGUCUUCGUGCUGAGCAGACUCCCGAUGAGCUUGACAUGGAGGACGGUGAUGAGAUCGAUGCCAUGCUCCAUCAGACCGGUGGCUGUGGUGGUGGCGGCAGCCUGACCCUUUCCAGGGUUUAGGGUUUCUUGAUGUGUGAUAGGACUGGCUAAGGAGUAAUCGGCAUUAGGAUUUGCAAACUUGUUUCUUUUUAUCGUGCAGACUUUUUUAUUUUAUUGUCACCAUUGUCGUUAGAGAACUACAUGAGGCUAAAAAAAUCCUUUUGUCGAUUUAUGGUCUUGUUCGUUUGAUAUUGGAUCUCAAUAUCCUAUGAUACUAUUUUCGCUUUAAGUUAUUAUACAACCUGUUUGUUUAAAUC